AUGUUUAAAGCAUAUAAUUUAUUAAAUAGAAUUUGGUGCCCUCUUAAAUCUACUGUGCGAAACUAUCCUUACCCAAUCAAUUUCUAUAAUUUCCUCAAGAAUCAGCCUCAUACUCGUUGUUCUGUGCUCGACAACGGUCUCACUGUAGCUUCAGAAGAAAGAGAAUGCUACAACGCGUGUGUAGGGCUCUACAUUAACGCCGGCGCUAGGUAUGAGAGCCUUUUCGAAAACGGAAUAGCACAUUUUUUCGAACACAUAGCAUUCAAGGGAACGAGAGCCAGGACAAAGGCUUUGUUGGAAGAACAGAUGUCCUCCAUCGGAGCACACUUCAAGUGUUUCACAACACGCGAAAUGGUCGCUUACUAUGCAGAGUGUCUAUGCGAAGACCUUCCUCUGGUCGUAGAUAUCUUGUCGGACUGCGUGUUCAACAAUUGCUACUCUAUCGCCGACAUAGAGCAACAAAAAUGCACCGUUUUCUUAGAAAUGCUGGAACAUGACCGUGAUCACAAUGAACUUCUAUCUGAUUACCUUCAUAGCACAGCAUUUCAGGGUACCCCGCUAGCGCAAUCUGUAAUGGGACGGAGCAGCAACUUAUACAACUUCAGCGACUGUACUGUCAGCAGAUACGUAGAGAGACUGUUUGAUCCCACAAGGACAGUGUUAGUUGCAGUGGGAGGUGUAAAGCAUGAACAGCUGUUGUGCUUAGCUCAAUGUUACCUGAGUAAGCUUGAACCGACGAAGUGCGUAGACAGUGAUGAGUAUCGCUUUACAGGUUCCGAAGUGAGAUACAGGGACGAUUCGAUGCCUGUUGCUAACGUGGCUUGCGCAGUGGAAGGGCCCAGUUUCUGCGACCCUGACAAUGCCGUGAUGGAUGUGGCGGCGGCGGCGAUUGGCGGCUGGGAUCGCUCUCAGCCCGGAGGCCAGGAUCAUCCAACUGCCGCAGCGCGAAAUGCUUCUCUUGGCCAGUUCUGCGAUUCUUACAAGGCUUUUAACAUAAACUAUAAGGACACUGGCCUCUGGGGUGUUCAGUUUAUGGCACCUUCCCUAAAAUUAGAAGAUAUGCUGUACACAAUCCAAGACCAAUGGAUGAGGUUGUGCACUGUGAUAACAGACCCUGAAUUGGAGAGAGCGAAAAGAGAGGUGAAGACCAAGCUUCUAUCAAAGACAGAGAGUUGCCGCGGGACUUGCCACGAGAUCGGUCGGUGGUUGCUGUAUAAUGGUUACCGCCCACCUCUGUACGAGCGUCUUCAGAUUGUUGAUGGCAUAUCGGCUAAAGACGUGAAACAAGCGUGUGACCGGUACAUUUACGAUCGAUGCCCAGCCGUCGCUGCCGUCGGUCAAACAGAAGGGCUGCCCGAGUAUACUAGAAUUAGAGCCGGCAUGUACUGGUUACGGCUUUGA